UAAUUCUUCUUACUUAGUCAUGGAUCGAGCUCUAUUGCCAUACUUAUUUGUUCUGAUAUCAGUUAUCGUGGUCGUCCGAUGGAGUGUUUCAUUGAAUUCCUACUCGGGUGCAGGAAAGGCUCCCAUGUAUGGUGACUAUGAGGCACAGAGACAUUGGAUGGAGAUAACAUACAAUCUACCAGUUUCUCAAUGGUACAUGAAUGGAACGAACAAUGACCUCCAGUACUGGGGCCUGGACUAUCCUCCUUUAACAGCAUACCAUAGUUGGCUGUGUGGAGUGGUGGCGAACAGAGUAAACAGCAGUUGGGUGGAAUUGUUGAAAUCUCAUGGGAUGGAAAGCUAUGACCACAAACUAUUCAUGAGAUAUUCAGUGUUGGUGGUGGAUGUCUUGAUCUACAUCCCUGCAGCCAUAGCUUACGUGUUUAAUGAGGUUUCUGCAGAUACACAGGUGAAAAAGCUUGCAGAGGCCAGCGUGUUUCUCUUGUACCCUGGACUUAUUCUCAUAGACUAUGGGCAUUUUCAAUACAACUGUGUAAGUCUGGGCUUUGCUCUCCUUGCCAUUUACUUUUUGGACAAGGGUCGUGACCUUUGGGGAUCGAUCAUGUUCUGCUUUGCAUUGAACUAUAAGCAGAUGGAGCUCUAUCACGCUGCCCCAUUCUUCUUCUACCUGCUGGGCUCUGCCUUUAGAAGUAAAAAGGAAAAUUGGUUUUUCAAGCUUGUCAAACUUGGAGUUGUUGUGAUCUGUAGUUUCAUGCUGUGUUGGUUCCCUUUCAUCUUUGACAUCAACCAGGCAUCCCAAGUCCUUCAUAGGCUCUUCCCCUUUGCCAGGGGAAUAUUUGAGGACAAAGUUGCCAACUUCUGGUGUAGCAUAUCUGUAGCAGUUAAACUGAAGAACUUUCUCGAUCAACAGCAGCUUGUAUUCCUAUGCCUGGGAACAACUGUGGUUGCUCUCCUGCCCUCCUGCCUCCAUCUAUUGGUCAAACCAUCUACACGUACAUUUAAAUAUGCGUUGGUGAACUCGUCCCUAACAUUUUUCCUGUUUUCAUUCCAAGUCCAUGAAAAGUCCAUCCUUAUAGCAGCUCUGCCUGUAUGUACUCUCCUACACUAUCAUCCUGUAACUGGCCUCUGGUUUCUGCACAUUACAACAUUUAGCAUGCUACCUCUGCUACAAAAGGAUGGUCUACUACUAGCUACCAUAGCAACAAUGUUACUAUAUCACCUAGCAACAACCCAAGUAUACAACUGUGGAACAUUCCUUGAGAAACCAUCAGCAAAUGGAAAAAAUAAUAUUGUUCUCAAAACAUUUUUCUGGUUGUCCAUGUUGGGGUGUGCUGCCAUCUGGAUUGUAUCUCUAACACUAAGACCUCCAGCCCGCUACCCUGAUCUCUGGCCAGUCAUCAUCUCUCUAUACUCCUGUGGUCAUUUCUUACUCUUCCUCUGUUACUUCCACUGGAAACAAUUCACAUGGACAAUUGCAGGAAAUGAACAAUCUGCCAAAAAUAUAAAACGAACUAAACAAAAGCAGAAGAAGUUUAACUGAUGUUCUCAAUAUUUGUGUUUACAAUGUAUUUAUUAUGACUAUGGAAUAAAAUUUCAAAUUGAAGAUUUAAAA